AAACAAGAGAGAAGAGGAGGAUGGAGAAGAUGCAGAAUCUCACAGCCACCGCCUCUUCUUCCUCUCCCUCUCCGCCGCCGCUGCCGUCGUCGUUCUCGAGUUUGAGAGCGUACGGGCAGGCGGUGGCGGACACGCCCCGACGGCUGCGGUGGCGGGCCGGGUCCGUGACGACCACCUUCGAGGAGAUGAGCCGCCUCCGAGCCCGAUCGGGCGCGAACAUGGAGCGGUCCCUGCGGUGGCCGGAUCUCGUCGGGCUCGGGAUCGGCGGGAUGGUCGGCGCCGGGGUCUUCGUGGCUACCGGUCGUGCGGCCCGGUUCGACGCCGGCCCCGCCAUCGUGAUCUCCUACGCCAUUGCCGGUCUCUGCGCCAUCCUCUCCGCCUUCUGCUACACGGAGUUCGCGGUCGAUAUGCCCAUCGCCGGCGGGGCCUUCAGCUACCUUAGGGUCACCUUCGGGGAAUUCGCAGCGUAUUUAACGGGGGCGAAUCUGAUAAUGGAGUACGUCUUCUCCAAUGCGGCGGUCGCUCGGAGCUUCACCGCCUACCUGGGCACCGCCAUCGGGGUGGACACCACCGCCAAGUGGCGGAUCGCCGUCAACGCCCUUCCAGAGGGCUUCAACCAACUCGAUCUCCUGGCCGUGACCGUCAUCCUCCUCAUCUCCAUCUGCAUCUGCUGCAGCACGAAAGAGAGCUCGGUGCUGAACAUGAUCCUGACGGCGAUCCACAUCGCCUUCAUCGCCUUCAUCAUCGUCGCCGGUUUCGUGCGCGGCGACGUGCGCAACCUAACCCACCCAGCGAAUCCGGCGGAGAGCCCUGGCGGGUUCAUGCCCUACGGCGUCGCCGGGAUAUUCAACGGAGCCGCCAUGGUCUACCUCAGCUACAUCGGCUACGACGCCGUGUCCACCAUGGCGGAGGAGGUGCGAAGCCCGGAGCGCGACAUCCCGGUAGGCGUCGCCGGCUCCGUCGCCGUGGUGACGGUGCUCUACUGUCUCAUGGCCGCCUCCAUGGCCAUGCUCGUGCCCUACGACGCCAUCAAUACGGAGUCGCCGUUCUCGGCGGCGUUCGGCGGAUCCGACGGCUGGGGAUGGGCAUCGAAGGUGAUCGGAGCGGGCGCGAGCUUCGGCAUCCUGACGUCACUCCUGGUCUCAAUGCUGGGCCAAGCGCGCUACCUCUGUGUCAUAGGACGGUCCAGCGUCGUCCCUGCCUGGCUCGCGCAAGUCCACCCCAAGACCGCCACGCCAGUCAACGCCUCCGUUUUCCUCGGCGUGUUCACGGCGGCGAUCGCGCUCUUCACCGAGCUCGACGUCCUCCUCAACCUCGUCUCCAUCGGCACCCUCUUCGUCUUCUACAUGGUUGGCAACGCCGUUAUCUACCGCCGGUACGUCUCCGCCGCCGGCAGCUCCACCGCCAGCACCUGGCCGACCCUCUCCUUCCUCUUCGCCUUCUCUUCCGUCGCCCUCGCCUUCACUCUCGUCUGGAAGCUGGCUCCCGCCGGCGCUGCCAAAGCCGCGCUCCUCGCCGUAUUCACCGCCUCGGCCGUCGCCUUGCUCAAGGCGUUUCAACUCCUGGUGCCAGAGGCCAGGAAACCGGAGCACUGGGGCGUCCCUCUGAUGCCGUGGGUCCCCGCCACCUCCGUCUUCCUCAAUGUCUUCCUUCUGGGCUCCCUCGACGGCGCGUCGUACCUGAGGUUUGCCGUCUUCUCGGCGCUCGCCGUCGCCGCCUACGUCUUCUACGGCGUGCAUUCAAGCUUCGACGCAGAGGAGAACGGCAGCCUCUUUAAAGCAGUGGCAGAGCGCAACAGCUCUCAAUUAGUAUGAAUUUGAAUUUAAUCUUCUUUUUUUAAAAAAAGAAAACUAAAUGUAGAGACAAUAUAUAGAAACACAUUCGAAGGGAAGAA